AUGACAGUUCUGGUCGUGGUCAGAGACCGGCGCAGCAUCGCCUGGGCUGUCCUCACCCAGAUUAGCUUCGUAGCUAUGCGCAACGUGCGUUGUGAGCUAAUGAUCUACUCACCUGUCUGCUCGCAGCCAUUGGAACUCUGUGCUGAUGCUUCAGUGGAUGCCGAGUUCGACAUGGCACUGAAAGUGUGCGGCGUAAUGGACGCAACAACAAAUUUGAAUGUUGCUUAG